AACACACCACCACCACCACCCACCCACCGACUACACUUGCCCCACGUUGGUCUUCUCUCCCACCACAUCUCCAACCCUGCCGCCGUCAACUCCCCCGUAUGCCCGCUUGACAAAGUCGGGGUCCAAAGAAUCUGCCAUCCUGUCGUCACAAUCAGCCAGGAUGCCGCUUCGACGGACCUCGGGCCACACUUUUAGCUCGCCCAGUAACCGCAUCCGCUCCUCCGAUAUACAGCACACUGACAAUCCAUCCUUGCACGAUGGAUCAAGUGCAAACAGUGGUUACACCCGUCAAGACCCACUCGUGGGUGAGCAAAAGGUCGUCACCUCCAUAGUCUCCCGGCUCGUCAACAAACUGCCAUGUAACUCUGGCAUCAAGCUCGCCAUGAUGGAAAUAGAUGAGGGCGUAAAGACUACCGUCGAGAGCUUGCUUCAGAUUUCAAGAAUCAGGCUGCCCCUUGUCGUUCACGCCCUCGCCAGCUCGCUCGAGACUUUAUCCAAGUACUCGGGAACAGGCGCUCUGAUCGAUGCCCCGUUGGACACCAUCCACUCCCAACUUUACCUCCUCCAAAUCCUCGUCCAAUGCCUCUCGGAAUCAUGGAAUUUGAACGCGAACGCGUCCACUCCUCCCCACUCUGAGCUGCCCGCGUGCUGGCCCGAUCCGCCACCACUCGACGACCAUUUGGCACGUCACCUCUUGGGAGUGCUUGUCAUCUACAUUCGCAUGCUCUCACAAGAGAGCUCUCAUGGCAACUCGGCAGGAUCGUUGGCACAGGUAUCCAACCGCGAUGGCAAGUCUCCAAGCUCGACGUCGGUUGCUGCCUGGGGUGCCCAGAUCAACGCCCCCGGCGCGAGCUCCUUCUCUCUGGGAGCCAACUUCAUUCAAGGUCACUCGUACCCAUCUGCCACAACUCCACGGCCACCUGGGAUCCCAGAGCAUGCCAGACUUUUGGCCCCCACCGCUUCCUCCCACGCAUCAGCUAUCAAGCAGAUGACCAAGAGAACCGCGCGAGUCAUCUUCUAUCUCUCGGCGUCCAACUGGCCACUGGUGCUGUCGCGCAUCAAGGCGCGCGUCGCACACCUGACAACGACGCUGGAGGAAAAUCCCGAGCUUUUCGAGCUGCGAUUCCUCGAGUGGGCGAAUGUAGAUGCUACACGUCUAGCUCAGGCACUCCAAGAAAUCUCGACACCAUUCCUGCACGUCAAGCGCCCUGCUCAAACGGCACUCGCGUCCGCUCUCCGCAAGGCGAUAUGGAACUGGAUCGAGGUCUACCCAGCAGAGUACCAAGCACUCAUUGAGGGAACGCGCAAGCUGGACGGUAACCCCGACGUGCUCUUUGACGUCCUCCUCUCAUUGUCCGACUCGUCCUCCACCAACAAACGCGUCAAGGUCUUCUACCCCCUCAUGGCAAUGCUCCUUGUCUUGUCGCCAGAUUCACUGAAGCGGUUGGCAAUGGGCGACGUUUCUCGAGGGGGAUCCGCAUUGGCCAAGAAGCACAACUUCCUGGACAGCCUGCGCAAGGGCCUUUCACAGAGCAAGUCGUAUGAGGCUUGCGCUAUCUGUUACGUCGACCUUGUCCGCGCCGCCAUGUGCUGCAGCCCACGGCUGGAGACGUCAGGCAUUCGCACGCUAGCGCCCGACCUCCAGAAUGACCUGAAGAAUGCGCUUUUCUACUCAUCCCUCGCUGCCGAGAUCACUGACAUCAACAUUAUUGUUGAUGGACUCGUCGCGCUCUACCGCUUCAACCCGACCGGGACUACCCAGGUCAUUUUCCCCAAGCUCUGGACCGACAACUCGGAUAACAGCAAAAUCAUCGGUGUGCGCGCUUGUACGGCACUGGUCAUGGAAGGCCAGCGUCUUCCCUGGCACCCUGGGAUCGGCGGUUUGCGCGCCGAGGUCGCCCGGGCCAUCCGUGGUAUGCUCCGCUCUACUGCUCCAAGCGUCAUCAACCAAGGCAUCAACCGACGCGGGCGAAGCAGUCUUGACCUUCCGUCUACCCAGACGGAUGUCACCUGGGAGAUCCUCAAUCUCAUGGCCCUGGACCCCUCGUUUGCGUACGAGGGCUUGGGCGACUCCCAGGACACGCUCGGCAACCUGUUGGGUGGCAUCUCAUCGCUCACUGCGGUCUCAUGCCCAAUGACAAUUCGGGCUCAGGCGGCCAAGACGAAUCUCGUGCUCCUCGACCGCCUUGUGGAGCAGUGCAAGACGGAUCCCGCAAGGGCUAACCAGGCCAACCAGUCGGCCUUGUUCAUAUGGCAGAUCCUUAUCGACUCUAGCCGUCGCUUCCUUGUCGACUUCCAGCUGGGCGAUAUUGACGACAUGGCCAUGAUGUGCGGGGCCUUCCGAUCAACUGUACACUCCAUGUUGAACGUCGUCACAUCGCUGCCAGAGCUUGCGAAAGCACCUGCAGCCCGGCCCGCCGUGCUUGUGGCUAAAGUCGCUACCGUCACGAGCUUGACCGGCCCAGACGUCGAGCAGACGAACAUGGCUGCGCCGGCACUUCAGGCUCUAAGUAAGCUGAUGAUCGUCGUUCGGUCGUCUGUCAGCAACAGCCAAGCUCAGAUGGACGAGAUAACCGGCCACAGCAACAUGUUGGCUGAGCUGGGUAGCCUGCCCCCUGCCACUGGCCGGAAUCAACAGCAGCGCGCCAUUCGCCGCAUCAUGAAGUCCCACGUCCGGUCCUCGACAUUGCUUGGUGGUGUCUGGAUCGGCCUCGCUGCUCGUCUCCGCAUCCUCACAAACAAGAUCCACACCGCGGAGUCGGACGAAUCUGAAAAAGACUACGGUCGCCGUCGCAACAUGGCUGCUGAUAUCGAGGGUCUUACUGAGGACGAAUCUAAAGAGUGGCAGAACCUCGUCUCGUUCUUGUGUGCCACCAGUGGUGUUUGCGCCAGCGACACUGCUGCCAUUCCCAACAUCUCAGACGUGGUAGGCAAGGGCGUUCUGCCGCGGGUGUACGAUGAAGCAACCGACCUGCCCGCCCAGGUGGAGAGCCUGCUGCGCGAAUGUGUCGACUUCCUUGUCAGCAACUCGAUUUACGUCCGCGAGUCAAUCAAGGACGCUCUCGGCAACGAGCUCCCACUCAGCCUCUGCCGGGUCUUGGUCGUCCAAAUGACCAAGCUGCUGUCGCACUCGACCGGCCCUACCGGCGUAGCGACAUCAGAAGCGUUCACAACCUUUGUCGACCAGGUCGUCGCCGUCAUCCGACUGUGGGUGGAGCGUGUCAGCCCCGGCGAGAACAGCGGUGUCCAGGUGGAUCUCGGAGAGUUACUCUACCUCAUCGCCCAGUACACUCAUCGCCUGGGCCGUGAAGAUGCCUCGCAGCGCAUCAAGAUCAAGUUCUGCCAGCUCUUCGAGGCCGUCCUCGGAAAGCCCGAGUUUGUGGUGCUCGGCAACGCCACCAAGCUGCGCAAUGCCGUCCUCGAGUGGAUGUGCGAGUGGUCGAUCGAAACUCUCCGCGACGAGUUUCACAUCGGCAUACAGGACAAGGUGCAGCGUGAUCUCGACAUAUCAUGUUUGCGCGCCAUGAUCCCCAUCACCGAUGGCUUGGUCAUCCGCUCUGCAGGAGAUGACUCGGAGGAUUCGCAGAACGUCGCCAAGGCCCGUCUCUUCUACCGCUAUUACGUGCUUCUCGUCCGCGUUCUUGAGAGAUCCAACAAUCACGAGUCUGAGUCUUCGCACGUGGCAAGAUCGGUGUCCAACAUGAGCACAAAGGCAGGGAGCAGCGAGAGUUACCAAGCGCUGGCGAUCCUGGUUCUCUCGAACCUGCUCUCCGCCAAUGUUGACGUCGGUCUGAAGCACUGCCUUUCCCUCGCCUACCAUGAAGACUCGACCAUCCGCACGGCCUUCAUGCAGCUGGUCUCCAACAUCCUGCAGCAAGGUACGCGUUUCGGCGGUCUGGCUGUGAAGAAUGCGACCGCCCCGAAGGGCUACUUUGACGCCCUUGCAUCGCCAAACCUCUCACUUGCGGUCGCCAUCUGCGAGGUCUGUCCGCCCAACGAGCUUGACGAAAUGUCCUCGCUUCUUUUCCGCGUCUUCGAGUCCAAGGGCAAUCUGCUCAGCCUCAUGAAGGUUCUCGUCGAGCGUGACGUCGGUCUCACGAGCCACGAGUCUGAGCUCUUCCGCGCCAACUCGAUCAUGACCCGUCUCAUGACCACCUUCGCCAAGACGUACGGCUACAACUACGUCCGCGGCUGCCUUACUCCUUUGGUCGUAUCCAUGGGCGAGAAGCCCAUAGAGUGCUCUUUCGAGCUCGACCCUGCGAAGAGCAGUGCCACGGAAGAUAUCGACCGCAACGCCGAGCACCUCCGCCUGAUGUGCCAGGCUCUGCUCGACAUCAUUUACAGCUCGACCCCAAACUUGCCCGUCCUCUUCCGUGCGCUGUGCCACCACAUCUGGGAGGUUGUGGACGAUCGAUUCCCUGACUCGAGGCACUCGGCUAUCGGCUCGUUCAUCUUCCUGCGCUUCUUCUGUCCAGCGAUCGUAUCGCCGGAGAACAUCGACCUGGACAUCCCGGCCGAGAGACGCGACACGCGCCGUGCCCUCGUCUUGAUAACCAAAGUUAUCCAGAAUCUGGCCAACAACGUUCUGUUCGGGAGCAAAGAGGUUCACAUGAAGGUUCUCAAUCAGUUCCUUUCCGACAACAUUCGUCAGGUGACCAAGUUCCUGGCCGAUGUUGCGCAGCGACCGCGCAGCUGGGAGGUAGCAGCGGCCACCAAGAUGUACCAGGAGGAGACAGAGCGCUCCAUUGACGUCGAGGCCGACAACGUCAUCAUCCAGAAGUUCAUCUUCAAGCAUUUUGCGCGUCUGGAGCCCGCACUCGAGAACAUGCCGACAUCAUACCGCACCCGCCAGGGGACGUCGUCACGGUCCGUGCGCCUCGAUCUUGACGGCAAGGGAGCCCUCGCCAACCUGCGUCGGAUCAUGGAAGAGACGGGGCCGCUGCCCGACCCGGUGCUGCUCAGUGUUAGUGCCCGUUCCCAGGUCUACGACGACUUCAUGCGCCAUAACGCUGGCCGCAACACGGACAGCGCUGCCUCUGCCUUUUACGAGGGACAGCCGAACCAAACUGGAAGGAGGAUAUUUUACCUGAUCCUCGCGCGCGUCGCUCUCGUCGACUACGACCUGCUUGCGUACCGGAUCUUCUCGCUACUGGACAGCGUGACAGACUUUUUCGACGUCAUCAUCGACAUGACCGACUUCUCCCCGCAGAGCGAAAUCCCGGUCCCGUGGCUGAGGCGUUCACUGCAAAUGUGCCCACCACAGAUCAUGCCGCUGAUCCACACCUUGGUGCUGUACAACCCCAACUCAUACGUCAAGAAGCGCUUCCGCCCGUUGCUCGCCGAGUUCUUGCCGUACGCGCCGACGAUGAAGAACGUCAUUGCAGCAAGCUCGCCUGCCGAAAUCCAUGACUACAUCCCCGCUUUCAAUGGUUACGAGCUUCCUGAACGAACGAAGGUCCUUGCGUACAAUGCUGAGAACGUUUUCACCAACCUUCUCUGUGUUUCGGAUCACGAGCAAUUGGUCCCCGUUGUGGUCAAGCUGUCGACCGAGAGCAUCCAGGUCGCCUCAUGGAGGAAACAGGACCUCACCCCGACAGUCAAGUCGUACAUUAUUGACGUUAUUGACCUGGCCGAGGUCAACGAGAUUACGAUGGGCAGACAGAACGCCGAUCAGUUGACCCUCAAGUACUCGCACAACAAGACUGUCACGUUCACUUCACGAAUGGAGCGCAAUGAGCUUGCUCAGAUCAUCCGUGCAGCGGUCAGUCGCUUCCGAAACACGCCAUCCGACGACCGCAUUCUGCGCCCGACAGACGUACCGGGAACGCUGCUCAACGUUGCCUUCCUCAAUCUCUCGUCGAGCGAUGAAACUCUGCGCCUGGGCGCAUACAACCUCGUGCACGAGUUGUGCCAGUUCUUCAAAUACGACCUCGCUUCGCAGGUUCUCAAGGUGUCGACGGGUCUCACCAUACCGAGCAACUCGUUGUCCUUUGUCUACAAGCUCAGCAAUGCUCUUGCUACGACAGCCCAAACCCUCACUCUCGAGUUCCUCAAGGAGUGGACGGUUGGUUUCUCAAAGGCCGACACACCGCAGAAAGCCGCCUGUCUGCACUACGUCGGCCCGUGGCUCAAGAAUCUCGAGCAGUUCGCCAAACCCUCCCGCGAUGACGGCGUCGAGAACACUAAGCAGGUCGCCGACGUCGUCAGAGGCCUCAUCGCUUUGACUGUCGCCGAGCGAAAGCGCCUCCAUCUCUCUAUUCAGGAGCAUGUGUGGAAGGUUUUGGCCGGCUCGCACGAGGCUCUCAUCGACCUCAUCGUGCGGGAAUUGCUGCACCUCGCCGUCAACGCGGGACCCGGUUCUGAGAAGGCGGAGGGCGCAGCCGACAUUCUCGUGUCGCUCAGCUCGACUGCUGUCCGUGGCAAGGUCGUCGCCCGCCUCCGCAAGAGCAUCGGACAGACGUGCGUCAAGCCUACUAAUCUUCUCAGCGACAGCCCGUCCUGGAAUGAGAUCUGCACGCUCGCCCGCAUCAACCUCGCUCUCGCGUUUAGCCCACCCAACGCUCUCGACACGCAGCUGUUCCUGCCGGACCUCUUCCACACGAUCGUCCUCAUCUCGGGCAUUGGCCCCGUUAUGAUGCGCCAAAUUGUGUACGGCCUGGUGAUCAACAUACUGCAGUCGCUGGCCACCAUAGCAGCUGCUGGCGAAAUGGACGCCACCACUCUCCAGCACCUGCUCCAGCGGGCACAACAACCCGAGAUGAUCCACGCGUUUGGCCUGGUGCAGAACCCCGGCAGCCUCGAGCUCGCUGGAGCCCUACACUGGGACCCGACUGGCGUGGCGCACCUCGACUCCUUGUACAAGGUGACGAAUUUCCUGGGCGAUGUCCUCACCGCGGGUGCCCCGUCCAUGGACUGCGCCAACGCCUGGCGUGCGCGCUGGAUGGGCCUUGUUGCGGCGACCUGCUUCCAACACAACCCUGCAACACAGCCCCAGGCAUUUAUUGCCCUCGGCUAUCUUGCCCAGGAUGACGUGGACGACGACGUUGUCUACCAGAUUGUGGUGGCACUCAGCGGUGCCUUCAGCCACUUCCACGAGGACGACACUGUGCCAGUGGUCAGCAUGUUGCGCUGCUUGGCUCGCGUUAUGGGUGGUUUACACACCGACAGCAAGUACGCCAACGUCCUCUUCUGGAUCGCCGUCUCAAUCCUCCAACUGGCGUACAUCCCGCUGUUCGGCCCAGCGCUCGAGCUACUGCUCACAACCAUCCGCCACAUGCGUGCAACCCACUCCUCCAAGAACAUCUUUGGCGAGCUCAUGGAGACUCGCGCGGCGACUGGCGAGCAAGCUAGCAGGCUCGACCAGAUGUGCGGCGUCAACUUUGACACCGACCCGUACUACUCGCUGGUAGCCAUCAUCAACAAGGGCGUGCGCCAUCCCAAUACACGCGCUCUCACCAUCGAGACGCUCACGGAACUUCUCCGCCUCUCGUGCGCUGAGGAGGCCAUCGAAGACCGCGACCGGCUCAUACAGGGACGCAGUGUGCCGUUCUUUACAGCGCUCCUGCCGCUCUCGGCAAGCAGCACGGCGUCGGUGUCUGAACUUCUCCAGGUCGCCAACGUCGCGUUGGAGAACGACAAGAUGCCAGACAUUGCCAACCUUGGCGUCUACGACUUGUUGUCACUGCCCGACAACUCCAAGGUGCUCCUUUUCGUUACGCUCAUCGUGACCAUCCUCACCAACGUGAGCAGCGACGCCGAGAAGUUGGUGCUCUACCGCUUGUUGGCAGAUGCGAGCAUGGACGCGCCAGACGUGGUCGCGACGGCGUAUGACACGCUCAUCCCGCGCAUGACAGGCGUUCUCACAACCACCACGUCGACGGCCAUUCUGCAGAACGUCACGCUCAUCUUUGAGCGCGCUAUGGCCGACGCAUCAUACACGUUCCCGACCGGCAUAGCGACCGACAGCAGCUCGUCUGUGCACAAGAAGAACUACUCGGCCAGCGUCAGCUCGGGCCAGACCAACAUCAACGUCCGCCCACGCGAUCAGGUUCUUGAGGACCUUGGCAUGAAGGGCCUGACGGACAUGAGUUUCAGCGGGGUCAAGCUCGAUCGCCUCUCGAACAUGUCCAAGUACAUUGCGACGCUCAUCGACGCCUUCUCGCAGUCGAUCUAACCGAUUCCACGUCCAGCAUUGCAACCCCAUCACGAAUACCCCGGUCUUACUCUACC